AUGAAGUGCGGGGGACCGGCUGGUAGGGGCCCCGACUGCCGAUCCCCUCCGGCCUCAAGGAUAGAGCUUCUCAGCCCCUCCAAGGUGAAGGUCACCCAGGUUCUUUCUCUGGAGUCUGACGUGCUACCAGAAUAUGAACUCCAAGUGCCAGAGACAACGUGGUGGAUCUUGCUCCACUACAGCCCCUUCAAGGCCUUCUGGGACUGGAUCAUUCUCCUCCUGGUGCUCUACACAGCAGUAUUCACGCCGUACUCGGCGACGUUCCUCUUGGACGAGCACAGCGACGUGCGUCAGAGGAGCUGCGGCUACACAUGCAACCCGCUCAACGUGGCCGACCUGUUGGUGGACGUACUGUUCAUCGUGGACAUAGUCAUCAACCUGCGCACCACCUACGUGGACCACAACGAUGAGGUGGUGACGCAGCCCAGCAGGAUCGCCAAGCACUAUAUCAAAGGGUGGUUCCCUAUUGAUCUUUUUGCGGCUAUCCCCUUUGACCUUCUCAUUUUUAGGUCCGUUUCUGAUGAGAUGGCAACCUUAAGAAGUCUGCUCAAAACGGCUCGCUUGCUGCGGUUGGUCCGCGUGGCAAGAAAGCUGGACCGCUAUUCCGAGUACGGAGCCGCUGUUCUCUUCCUGCUAAUGUGCACUUUUGUGCUCAUCGCCCAUUGGCUCGCCUGCAUGUGGUACGCUAUCGGCUUCGUGGAGAGGCCCUACACGGAGACCGGUUGGCUGGACAACCUGGCAGAGCAACUGGGCAAGACCUACAACGACAACAACUCAAGCUCCGGUCCUUCUGUCAAAGACAAAUACGUGACAGCACUUUACUUCACCUUGAGCAGUCUGACAAGCGUUGGGUUCGGGAAUGUCUCUCCCAACACAAAUUCAGAGAAGCUCUUCUCCAUCUGUGUCAUGGUUGUCGGCUCUCUUAUGUAUGCCAGCAUAUUCGGGAACGUGUCGGCCAUCAUCCAGAGGCUGUACUCGGGUACGACUCGCUACCACACGCAGAUGCUACGUGUCAAAGAGUUUAUUCGCUUUCACCAAAUCCCUGUCAGCCUACGCCAACGACUGGAGGAAUACUUCCAGCACGCGUGGUCCUACACGAACGGCAUCAACAUGAACGCUGUGUUGAAGGGCUUCCCAGAGUCCUUGCAAGCGGACAUCUGUUUGCACUUGAACCGAUCUCUUCUGCAGACGUGCAAGGCUUUCCGUGGAAGCAGCGAGGCCUGCCUGCGGGGCUUGGCCAUGAGAUUCAGGACGGUCCACGCGCCUCCGGGCGACACCCUCAUCCACUACGGCGACAUCCUAGACUCGCUCUUUUUCAUGUCGCGGGGUUCCGUCCAGGUCAUCAGGGAUGACGUGGUGGUUGCCAUACUAGAGAAGAAGGACAUCUUUGGUGAACUGAUUCAUCUUUAUAAUGAGCCUGGGAAGUCCAAUUCGGAUGUGAUCACAAUCACUUACUGUGACCUACACCGGAUUCUGAGGGAUGAUCUGCUGGAGGUUCUGGAUAUGUACCCUGGCUUUGCAGACCACUUCUGGAGGAACCUGGACUUGACGUUCAACCUCAGAGAUGUAGAUCAAGUGGUGCCAAUAUCAACUGAUGAUUCAGGUGAUGACUGUGAUUACCGCCACAGGCCAAGACACAAAAUCCACUCUCUGGACUGCAGAAUCAGACCAGAUGGAAUGGAUCACGAAGAUUCUUACCCUCUUCAGUCCUGUCGGCAUCGUUGCUCCCCAUCCCAAGCCCGUUGGGAAGACAGCUGUAGCUGCGGUUCCUCGUGUUCCCAGUCCAGCGAGGACUCGACUAAACCUCUCGCUCAGAACGCCAAAGUUGAGCUUUACCCGUCUGAAGGCGGCAGAAGGGAAUACGUCCCCACUGAGGUGCAGCUGCUACCCCCAAGUGGCGUGUCGGUGGGAAGGGAAGCAGUGUUGGACCGGAGUCGUCAAGCUCCGUCUUCGAAUGUGCCAGAAAUGUUCCACUACUGGACAGAUCGACGACCUCACCAGUUCUCCAGUCAGGCCUGGCAAUCGUCGUCGGUCCGCUACUCUUACCACCCGCCGCAGUUCACUGAGGAGCGGCGCAGCGAACUCGAGUCUCGACUGGAAGUAUUGCAUGCACAGCUCAACAGGUUGGAGACCCGCAUGACGGCCGACAUCAACGUCAUCCUCCAGCUUCUUCAGCAGCAGAUCGCGGCCGUCCCUCCGGCUUACAGCACCGUGUCGUCCCGGACACUCCCGACUGACUCGACGGGCCUGUACGGCAGCGGGACGCCCGUGCUGUGUGCCAUGUACCCCAUCGCCCCCUUGCAGAUAGACAGCCCAGCACCCACUCCAGUAAGUAGAGGUACAGGUACUGUGGAACGUCCUCAUCCCACGAACCCGAGGACGCGCACCUCCCUCCGUUGCCCCUCGCUGCCGGACAACCUGGACACGACCUCAGGGCUGUCUGAGAUCCAGAAGCACCACUCAGACCCAGUACUUCCUAUCACCUAACUGGGUCAGUAAUGGCAUUCAGUAUGACUUGUAAAGUUGAAGGGACACAUCCUCUGUCAGUACAGUAGAUGCUGUAGGUCUCCAAAGACAAGCAGCAGAGGUGGGGGACUCGAGUCACAUGACGUAACAUAAGUUGCCAAUUUUAGGAAUUGGGACUUCCUUGGCGAACACUUAAGAAAGAUUUGACUUGAGUUUGACUUGGUAUAGGUCAACAUGAGACGCUACUUGACUUAGACUUGGAACUACAUGCAUUACGAAAGCAGUGACAGAAGGUUCUCUGAAGAUUAUUACAUUUGGAUUUUAGGGUUGUGUUUUCGAUAAAAAUUUGGCAAAAAAAAAAAAAAAAAGAACAGCAACAUGGAAGGUUUGCAACUCAAAGAGACACAACAACUGACAUCUUCCGUCAUCCGUCAGUACAAAUCCCCCCAAAAUACAGGUAAGCUACAUUAACCGUGUAGCUAACCGAUAGCUGGUCAAACAUUAAAUUAGCUUCAAGUCGGUUAUACAUUUAACUGAGAAGACAAAGUGAUAGACAAUACACAGACUGGUAUUGGGUCAUUAAAAAAACAACGAUGUAAUUGUAAACAUUAGCUAACUAACGUACAGAUAGGGUUGAUGCUACAUGCUAAUACUGAAUGUAGCGCAAAGUGGCUAACAUGUUAAUUUAUGUUGUGACUGAGUAAGAUGUGACUUAACUUAUGACUUGCUUAACUCAGGUAAUGACUCGAUUUGCAUGCUCUUGUUACACUAACUUAGGACUAUUUGUUACACUAACUUGCAACUAGCUUGAAACUUGCAAGCUAAGACUUCAGAUUUACUUAUGACUUGCAUAUAUUGUUAGCUUAAUAGCAUAGUUUCCUAAAUGAUUUAAACAUUUUCGGAAAAUAAGGAAAACUUUUUUUU